CAACAAAAUUGCGUUAACGGAGAUGUAAUUUUUGUUCUAGCUAUCUCAAAACGAGAUUAGAUCCCAGAGUCGGAGGUGCUUUCUUUUCAACAUGAUCCAUGGACAUUCUGAGAUUGGGAAUUCUCAAGGAGAUCUGGAUGGGAAGGAAAGGGAACGCGGCGCUCACCGAGCAGGCGAAGAAUCUUGCGCGUGUCCUGGUCGGCGUUGGCCCACGUGUCGAGGGCUCCGGCGCCGGCGAUCCGGUCGGCCUCGAGCUCCAGCGCGGAGGGAGGCAGGCCCGCCCACUCGGCGUCCACGAGGCGCCUGAGUGCGGCCACGUCGUCGCGGACGACGGCGAGGUGGUCGGGGAAGAAGGCCGCGACGCCAGGGUCGUCGAGGACGUCGCGCGCCUUGCGGGGGAGUUCGCCGGAGCCGUCGGCGUCGGAGCCCGACAGGGCGGCCUCGAGGGCGCGGAGAGCAACGGCCUUGCGCAGGCGCGUGGAGGUGCGGGGGGAGACGGACGGGAGAGCGGCGAGCAGGCCGGAGAAGAGGGAGUGGGGGAUCCAUUUCCAUUGGCUCCCUUUGCAGUCCAGCACUCCAGCUCGGGCGGCGGCGGCGGCCUUCUCCUCCUCCUCUUUCUCUCCCACCUUGCGGUGGCGGUGGUGGUCGCCGGCGACCCUCUCCUCCUGGCGUGCGGCGCGCCAGCCCCAAUCACCCUCCCCGACGGCCGCGUCUUCCUCCCGGACUCCAAUGUCUCCAUCUCCCCUCCCCACGCCUCCCGCACCACCACCACCACGGCAUCUUCGCCGCUCUACUCCACGGCGCGCGCCUUCUCCGCCGAGGCCACCUACUCCCUCCCCGUCCCCCGCUCGCCCCACCGCCAUCUCCUCCUCCGCCUCCACUUCCCCCAGCCCGCCCAGUUCGCCGUCGCCGCGGGCGACCUCGAGCUCGUCUCCGGCCCCCGUUCGCCCUCUCGUACCACGACGGGUCUCUACCGCUACCGCGAGUACCUGCUGCCCCACCGCGGCGGCGGCCUCCUGCGCCUCCGCGUCUCGCCGCGCCUCGGCUCCCUCGCUCUCCUCAGCGCCGUCGAGCUCUUCCCGGCGCCGGACGUCCUGCUCCCGCUCCCGCUCAAUCUGCCGGAGGAUUUCAGGCUCGCCGAGACCUCCUACCGCGUCAAUGCCGGCGCGGCGCGCGGGGAGGCGGCGGCCUCCUCGCUCAACGACUCCUUCUGGAGGGUCUGGGAGGGCGACGCCGCCUACCUCCUCAACCCCGCGGCCGCGCGCUCCGUCUCCGUCGACCCGUCUACCGUCCGCUACCCCGCGGGGGCCACCCCGCCGUACGCCGCUCCAGCCGCGGUGUACGCUGACGCGCAGGAGAUGGCCGACGCCGGCGUGGGCAACCAGCGGUUCAACCUGUCGUGGGCGUUCCCCGUCGAUCCGGGCUUCCGCUACUCCGUCAGGCUGCACUUCUGCGACAUCGUCGGCCGCAACUCCACCGACCUGGUCUUCGACGUCUACAUCAACGGCGACGCCGUGCUCAGCUCCUUCGAUCUGUCCGGCAAGCUCGGCCUGUUCAAUGCCUAUUACCUGGAUUUCAUCGCCGAUGCCCAGCCAGGGUCGGAGAAAAUCUUGCUGCAGCUUGGGCCGCCUCGUCUGUCAUACUCAAAGCCGAAUGCCAUCCUCAACGGCGUUGAGAUCAUGAAGCUCGGUGACCAGGAGGCGGUGCGCCGUGUCGACGCCCUCAAUACCGCUCAGACAUCGAAGGCUGCACGCAAGAAGGAGAUUGCAGUUGUCGCCGCUUCAACCGCCGGUGGAGCAAUGCUCAUCGUCAUCUGCAUUGUGGGGAUGCUGCUGGUCUUCAGGCACCGCCGCCGGAGGAAGAAACGUCGGUCCCUCAGCCGGCUGCCGUCCUCUUCCAUAGGCCUCGACACGCACACCGGCAUCUCUGCAUCCAAGGUUUCAGCUGCUAGAAGCCAUAGCCACCCAUCCUCAGGGCCCUCCCUCAGCAUCGGCCAGAUAAGGCGGGCGACCAACGACUUCGACGAGGGCCGGGUCAUCGGCGUCGGCGGGUUCGGCAAAGUGUACAGAGGGGUCCUGGAGAAUGGCACCACGGUCGCCGUCAAGCGCGGCAACCCCCGGUCACAGCAGGGCCUGCUGGAGUUCCGCACCGAGAUCGAAAUGCUGUCCAAGCUCCGGCACCGGCACCUGGUGUCCCUCAUCGGGUACUGCCACGAGGACAACGAGAUGGCGCUGGUCUACGAGUUCAUGGCCGGCGGGCCGCUCCGGAACCACCUCUACGGCCCCGGCGCGCUCCCGCCGCUGUCGUGGAAGCAGAGGCUCGAGGCCUGCAUCGGCGCGGCCAAGGGCCUGCAUUACCUCCACACGGGCGUCUCCGAGACGAUCAUCCACCGGGACGUGAAGACCACCAACAUCCUCCUCGACGGCACCCUCUCCGCCAAGGUCUCCGACUUCGGGCUGUCAAUGUCGGCACAGGCCAUCGAACAGGCGGCGCACGUCGGCACCGCCACGGUGAAAGGCAGCUUCGGCUACCUCGACCCGGACUACUUCAGGCGGCAGAGCCUGACGGACAAGUCGGACGUGUACUCCUUCGGCGUGGUGCUCAUGGAGGUGCUCUGCGCCAGGCCGGCCAUCGACCCGGGCCUCCCCCGCGAGCAGGCGAGCAUCGUGGACUGGGCGAUGGAGCGGCAGAGGCUCGGCGAGCUGGAGAGGGUGAUGGAUCCCCACCUCGCGGGAAGUGUCGGUGUGGCUUCGCUGCGCAAGUUCGGCGAGACCGCGGAGAAGUGCCUCGCGGAGUACGGCGUCGAUCGGCCGGCGAUGGGCGACGUGCUGUGGAACUUGGAGUGCGCGCUCCGGAUGCAGGAGGCGUUCCUGCGCUCUGGCGGCGAGGGGAGCAGCAGCAUUGCGUAUGGCGUCCGGGAGCUUCCGGGCAGGGUUAGUAGGGCGGGCGGCUGCAGCAUUGCUGGUGAUGUGACGGAUGCCGGGGUGGCGACGAGGGUCUUCUCGCAGAUAUUGGAUCCAAAGGGAAGGAUGGCCAGGCUAGGUUAUAUUGGAGUAUUUUCUGUUAAAAUUGUGGGUGUUCUGUGA